UUUUUGCUAAUGGCAAGGCUGCGCAAAUUUCAAAUGACUUCGAUGGGCUGCGCGCGAGCUCACUGACAAGAAACACGCGUUGUGGCUGUUAAUAAGAAUCUCACUGUAGAUGUGGCUGAAAGCGGUGAGAUUUCAAUUGAGAAAUUAGGCUUCCAAUGAUUUUGCAGGGAUUGAGCUUCAGGAAUUGCUUCCAAGCUUCGUCUCUUUGUCUACUUUUGGACACCCGAUCUAAGCAUCCGGAACAACCUACACUGGAACUCCUAUCAAGCAACGAUUCUGUACUCCGUAUCACAGACAUUCCGUUCUGGCAAGUACGAGUUACCAACCAUUGCUCUUUAGGUAGCCGCUAUUCUAUUCUAUGUUUUCUUGUUCAUCUCAAUGCAACUCAAUACUAUAAUUGUCACGGUCGAACUGCGAGAAGAUCGAAUGUUUGCUACACUACGAUAAACCCUGCCCCUCCUCGGCGCUUAUCUGUCAUGCACUACCAGAUGAAAUAUAAAACUUCAGUAGUCCAUUAUCACUUCGCCCUGGAGCUUUACCUGCAUGAACGUCAAACCGAGUUAUCUGCUGCCUACGAAAAUUUCCGACUCUCCACUCUCCUAUCUUUUGCAGUUGAACCUACCAGGCCACUUGCACUUCCGAGUUUAAUCGCCAACUCCGCGAGAUCUCGCGGUUUGAACCCUCAACGUCACGAAACCCUUCCAUCACGUGCUAAGUUCCGGACUGAAGUACCUACCUUCCACCAACUUUCUCGACGUCGGCAACGCUCUAGACUUGUGUCGCGCGUACGCCAGCCACACUUUCUGAUAGCUCACAAUACUCCCAACACCGAACGACCGAUUCUCGCACCAACCCGACAGAUACCUAGGCAUAUUCCGGCCACAGGGCAGUCAAUAUACUAGUCGCGUGUACCUGGAGUCCCCGUCCUUCAAUCUGUUCUGUCGCAUACACACGGACGAUAUCUCACCGUCGAUACGGCCCCGUGGGUAUCUGCUAGUAUAUGCAGUUGCGCCGGUCUGAGCUACUUGCCCCCGCCGCCGUCGUUCCGUUCAACCAGAACAUAUCUUCAGCUUGGUUUGAGAGUUCUCGUUCGCGGCGACGAAAGCAAUG